AUGUUUAGUCGAUUUACACUGCUUCCAGCGGAGCUCCGACUGCACAUCUGGAUAUGCUCGUUAGAGAAGCAUCGCUUGCUAGAAGUUUGGCUCGACCCUCCAACCGACCCUGGCAAAGCGCCUCCAUACUCGACUACGAACGCGCUGAACAAAUUGAUCAGUGGCGGCAGCUACACCGCUACCGUGCAAGCCGUCCAUCUCAACAGCAAGCUGCUGCGUGUGAAUCGCGAGUCUCGAAAAGCAGCGCUCAGCUUCUACCGCGUUCACAUUCCAUGUUACCUCCAAGCGUUCAGGGAGAUACCUCGUGGGCUGCAGGGAAAACCGGCCAAGCGCGCGAAGGAACCUCUCUAUUUCAAUCCCGAAUAUGACUUUAUGCAGCUGAGGACACGUGGGCCUGCGGAAUUCACGUUUGUCGACUUCAUUCAUGAUCUGAAAGCCUAUGAUCCACAAAACGUUGGCCUACUCAAUCUAGCUCUAGCGGUCAAUGGUAUGAAUGCCGGACUACAUAUGCUAGUCAAUAUUUCGCAACCUUCUGCUAAGGCGGCAUUUGUCAAAACUCUGUCGCAGCUACAAGAAAUUAUCUGGGUGGCCCAGUCAUACUGUGGGCGUGCGAUUAUGGGACCACUGGAAGAUUUCCAUGGCGUUGGAGUUCAAUUCAACCAUUCAAUGCCCAUAAAAGCGAUUACGCCGUCUUUUGAUCUUUUGAGACAUGACCCAAGGUCGGUGGAAUCCGACUUGAAAUAUGUUCUAACGGGGACCAUAGACCCACGGCAGAUGCGAGUGGACUGGCAGGAGCUGCUGACCAAGUGGGAUAUUCGUCAAGCUCAACCCCCCAGAGAACGGGUUCUCUUCGCCUACAGAGUUCCGUCUUAUAGUCAGCAGGUUUAUGACAUCAAACCAGCAGAAAGUUUCCUGAGAGCAGAAGAGGAAAACUGGCUUAGGUCGCAACAGAAGUUCCAUCAUAUGACCCUGAAACUGGCCGGAAAAGUUCCAGUCGAGGGGCCAGACGAGCUUGCACAAGCUGUGAGACCAGCUGUCGGAUUCUGGUUGUUCCCUGCUGAGGCUCUAGGUGCCCUUGAAGGUGAUGUGGGGCGAGUGAAGAAGGUGUUUGAUAUGACGGGUUACUGGCCGGAGUUGGCCUUGUCAAAUAUUUCUUGA